CUGGCACUCCCGGGCUGCGCCCUUCGGGUACCGUGUCAUCGACAUCGACCUAUUUUGCCAUGCACUUGCAAACCUCUUGAUGAUCCUCCGAACCUAAUGCCAGAUAACGAAUGUGAGACUUUAUUUCUGAAUGCCAACGAGACAGCCUCUAUCCGCCCUCUGCGCGUGAUCACUCAGUACACUAACACCGAUGUUAACACUAUGCAAUCUCCGGGCAGGCCUACCACACUUGGAGUUAGCGAGUUCAAGAGCUUGCGUACAAUGGAUUCGAUUCCAGAGGAUAGUAACGGUUCACAGUGGUCUGUUAAAUCAGUCGACAAUGUGGAGCUUGACAGAUUGCUAUGCCAUCUGGGCAAUAACUCGACACCAGUGACGCCCACGAGUUUCCUCAACCCUAGGAAUAUUACAGAAGACCAGGAACUAUUCGCAGACAAUUUUUCGAGAACAUUGAACAAACUCAAAGCAGAGCAGGAGGGUUGGAUACCAGGUGUGACAGCAACCACCAACGAAGGUAAUACCGGCGUUGACAGAAGUAUUGAUGAUAAUAACAACAGUGCGUUGGUUGUGAUCACUACGAACAGCACUGAUUCUCCUGCCUCCAAAUCCUUCGUAUCCGACUCAAUUGGUUACGCUGUACCUCAUUCACCCACGAUCACUCAUAUACCUCCCAGAGAGGAAACCUGCAAAAUUCCCGGUACCUCAGCUCAAUGUGAAAUGCGGGGGAACACACCCAGCAGGCAUACUGACAUAUCUUCACCCCCUCGAGCUACAGAUCCUAGCCUGCAGUCGCCGCCUGUGACGCGGGGAACUUUUGGUCGGUCUCCACGAACGAGUACAAUGCCACCAGCCGUAUCUCCUGUCACAUCUGGCAUUCUUUCAUCGGAGCCAAUGUUCACCUGGUCAGCCUCUCGACAGCUGAUGACAUCGCAAGAAUGUGGAACCACACCGGAUAAUAAUCCGCCUGUUUCUGGUCUGCCUACUAUCCUGUCAAUCGCAACAAGUCUAAAGGAAGCCUGUGCAGAACGCCGAGUUUCUCAAACAAGCAAUACGGACUAUGGUAGUAGUCCCGGCUUCCUGGGAUCUUUUCACCGGAGCAGCAUCCUUUCUCCGUAUUCUCAAGGCACGGCGGAUCUUGACCGUACUCAUAUGGCUGUUUGUUACGCUUUUUCUGACCCAAGUCCUCCUUCCAUCCAGUCAGCCAGUUCUUGUAACGAAGGUUUACUCACUUCACUGGUCUCUGCCCCCUCGUCUGAAACACCGCUACGGUCGGUUACCACGGAUACAGUACCAAAUUUUGACGUUCGCAGUUCUUUGGGCGGACUGUAUACACUUGUUCGUCCGGACCAAUGUGUGGGGACAGAUGCUACUCCGGUUUCUACUGCAAUGUCUCUGGGUGCUGUGAAACCCAGCACAGUUACGACAAAUUCUUUGGGUGUUUUGUCUAGCUCAAUGUUAAGCGAGUGUUCGUCUCUGCUAAAUUCAAAAACUCCACUCACUUUGCUUGUAAGUGGCGCUCCAACAUCGGAUUACAGGAGUGAGCUGGCAAAAGACCACAUCCACGGGACCCAUGGACUGGAUUCGUCAGCAGCUACUCGCCUCGCUUCUGGAACCACUGUUAGCCUUGUUCAAGACAUGACUACCGGCGCCCUGCUGCUUAAGCCAGAGCCACAACUUCAGCAGCUGAGCGCCCUGUAUCCUGGUCUAAAUGGAGCUUUCGCUCUCAAUACGAACGGGACGAGUUCCGGGCUGAUGAGCGGUGUUACAUCCUUUGUUCUGCAACCUAGUCCGGAAAUGAAUGUCGGCAGUCUAAACUUUCUUUCCGCAUUACCGUGUAAUUCAUCGAGUGAAGCAGCUUUGCUCAAUGCUCAGUCACUAGACGCACUGCGGUCUGCCGGUCUUCUUCAGAAUGGUUUGGAGCAGUUAACGCGGCCAAUAACUCAUUGUGACCAAACCCAAGUCGUUGAAGGAGUGUCUGUUCCGUCUCAGUUGAACACCACUUCUGUGCCAGCUUAUUAUUCCAGCGCCUCAGUGCCUUCUGUGCCAGUCAUAUCCAACAAUCAAAAGAAAACAAAACGUCCUCCGUCUUCAUCAUCUAAUCGAAGGAACCGGAACGAACUUGGCCCACCAUCACUUUCAGCCGGACUGACCACAUCGGCAGUCGUAUGUGCUGACAGCAGCACCGGUUCACCUCGGGGUACCAAAACUAGUUCGAAACGAUCACGAGGUUCCGGGUGUUCUUUUGGUCGACAAGGGCUCUCGCAGACCUCCAAUCCGAUUGUAUCUGCUGCCUACGUUGAAAGUGACUCCUUGGUGUACAUGUCUGAGCCACACCACUCAGUAUUGGUCAAGCAGGAGCCUCUCUCUUCUGAUUUUAUCGACACGGUCAGCAACCAUUCUGAGGCAUUCAGUACGGCUACAGGACAACUAUUCCAGGACGACACACCACCGUCGUCCUUAGACAGUCUAGAUCAGAGUCAUCUGAAAUUGGAGCGAAAGCGCGCUCGAAACCGUGUGGCUGCACGCCGUUGCCGUGAGCGAAAGAUAUCUUUGAUUAGAUCUUUGGAAAAUCAAGUCGCUGAACGUGAUGCCCAGGUGAAGCAGCUUGAAGAAAUGCUUGCACGUUACCGUUCUGAGGGUGAACGACUGCGCGUUCACAUGGAAAUAUUGUCUAAUUCCUACCCAAGUCUCAAGGCUGAUUUGUGUCAGUUUCCAUUCCUAUUUCAACAGCGGCCUCUGACGGCCACAAAUACUUCCAAACUACCUGUCAGUAGAUCGCCGACCCCGCUACAUGUGGACCUCUCGGAGCUCGUCUCGUCCAAGCAUUUUUCCUAAACCUAGGCGGAGGAAUCUUUUUCACUUAUUGUUUUUUACCUUUUCUACUGCUUGUUUUUACACUACGUUUUGUCUUAUAGGUCGCAAAAUACCCGUCACCGGGCAGCGAUCUUUGCGGUACUGUAACGUUUUUCAGCGUAUUUUCCGACUACUCGAAUCGUUCCAGUAGGCCUUUGUGGCAAACACUGAUCUCUUCUGGUUCAUAUCUUUUCCCAUUGGGCCGUCCGAGUUGUUGGGGGAUUUUCUUUCCUAGCGCCUACAUAUUUGGGGGUACCAAAUAAAGUUGACCACUGAAAUUUUUCUGCCUUCAAGACGGCUUUACACGUGCAUUCACAAUCGCCUUCCUAUGUUGUUCUUACCGUCGUUUUCUACAGAUAAAAACAAUUUUGCUAUUUUUUGUAGGACCUUUUUACACUUCGACACUUGCUACUUGCCUUUUCUAUGCUUUUACAUGUGCCUCACUACAACACUAAAUUUUUCAACAGACUUCUGGAGUUCCUUCCAUCCGGACACACCAACUCACAAUCAACCCGGUUCUCCCCUCCAAUACAGAUACCCUCCAUGUGGCUACUAUUCUUAGGUUUAAUUAUCUUUCCGUAUCAGAACAAUUUUGCUUUGUCGCUGUUGGUGCUCGUGAGCUUUAUUUGGUAUCUACACAAUUGUCGAAUGUGCUUUUACCCUAACUUGACCAAAUGGUGAGUAUCGUCAACGCCUCAUCACUGCACCAUGUUUGUAUGCGUCCACGUAAAUCCCAGGUCGUAAUUAUUCUGUUUGAUAUCCCAUCCAUCCGUAAGACAAUUAUUGAUGCUUGCUUGCAUUUAUAUGCUACUAUGCGAUACAACUGAUGGCUUGUCGUUUUUCCUUGAAUUUUGUGUUUAUCGUACAAGCACUAAGGCUUAUUCAUCCUUUUUAUCGACCGUACAGCGCCGCAACAGAUCAUAGUUAUUGCUUCCAGCGUAGAUACCAUAAUCAUCACCACCAUCCUCACUUGUGCAGCCGUUUUUCCAUCUCCCAACCCAAGACAAUGGACAUUUUGUGUGCUUGUUAUUUGAAUGUCAUUUCUUUUGUUAUGUUGAUCUGCUAAGUAUCAUGUACUCCCACCACUGGCACCACUAAUGAGAGACCUCGCACUACUUUAGACAGUGUUUAAUUGUUUUCUUGUUUUUGUUUCAUACUUUUUGUCGUCUGUUUCUAUCCAUUAGCACAGUUGUAUCACCCCAUUUAUUUUUCUUGUUUUUAGGCAAAACGCAUUAUGUGUACAUACCAUAUCGGUUCCUACUCCGUUUGUUUACAUACUUUUCCAUACUCUUUUCUAUCAUUACGGAGCGUUGUGUUGCAUACUUUUAUCUUCUUUCUAGGCAUUCGGACUUGCUUGAAACUUCGAGUUCCUUCAUUUAGCUUAAGGAACAAUGUGGUCGAACUGUACCCGUCUCCGCGAAACUUUAAGAAUUCC